AUGUCGAAGACGUCGCAUGUUCAAGACGGCAGUCCAAAAUGCCAAGAGAUCAUCGCUGAACUCGAAAAGCGAGCACAAGCAAACAUCGAGGCCAUGAACAACAGAGACUUCUCACCCUCUUCGCCAUUAUAUCAUUUGAGGGCUAAGGACUGGAGAGCGGAAGCCGGGGAUGGCGAGAGUUGGAAAGAAAUGGCCUUGCACGAAUACGUGGAAUCGCUCAGAACGAUCACGACGGAGAAUCCAGAACUCAAGGCGACACUGCGUGAUAUGAGUACCACGGUCAACGCCAAGCUGGACUCUGCUCGGAUAUUCGUCAAUGUCGAGAUCGAAGGGAUUCCAGUUGGUAUUUCGAGGCACGCCGUGGUUCUUUUGGAGUAUCGAUGGAUGGAGACGGAUUGGGUGUCCUGUAGCCAUAGAGUACUGGGUGGGAUGAGUGUCAACCUGAUGGAGUAA